UUAUUCUGUGUUUUACAUGUCUGUAUGGAUGUAAACUUCUGUUAAAUGAUUGUAUUACACAUUAAUUAUUUUUUAUUUAUUUGCUUGAAAUAAACAAUUUCUAAUCUAAUCUCAUUCAUAAAUAUGGUUGGUUCAAACAAGCAAAAUACAGAGAAUUGAGUUUGAUGGAGGCAAAUAAUUUAAUGUGGCGACCUCUAAAUGAAUCAGCCGAAAAAGGUAAAAAAUAAAAAAAUAAAAAAAAAGAAAAGAUAAAGAAAUAAAAAUCGAGCUGGUGUGUCCUUUUUCACUGGAAAGGUUACUCGUUUCACUGAGGCGCUCGUGUCCAGGUGACCCACCUUAAAAUGGACCUAGUAGGAUUCCGUAGUAACGGACUUGCGUGACGCAGAUACGUUGAGCAGGCAGAUCAUUUCUCCAGUCAAGAUGGCGACAUCGGAGCCGAAAGCAGCUGAAACUGAAGAUCAACAGACUGACGGGCAGGUUCUUGCAAAUGCUGAGCAGUAUAUCAAGCAUCCUUUGCAAAACAGGUGGGCCCUUUGGUAUUUCAAAAACGACAAGAGCAAAAGCUGGACGGAGAACCUGCGUCUGAUUUCCAAGUUUGAUACAGUGGAAGAUUUUUGGGCAUUAUACAACCACAUACAACAACCAAGCAAACUGGGCUUUGGGUGCGAUUAUUGCUUAUUUAAGGAUGGCAUCAAACCGAUGUGGGAAGACGACAGGAACAAGCUGGGAGGUCGAUGGCUGAUGACUCUCAACAAACAGAGACACAAUGAUCUCGACCGCUACUGGAUGGAGACUCUUUUGUGUUUAGUCGGAGAGUCGUUCGACGACGCAAGCGAAGACGUGUGUGGCGCCGUAGUCAACGUCAGACCUAAAGGUGAUAAAAUAUCCAUCUGGACGAGCAACUGCCAAAACAGGGAAGCCAUCAUGACAAUAGGGCAACUGUACAAGGACCGUCUGAACCUCCCCAUGAAAGCCAUCAUCGGCUACCAGUCACACGACGACACGUCCAGUAAGAGCGGAUCCACCACCAAGAACAUGUAUUCCGUUUGAACCCCCAUCAUCACCGUAGAUUUAAACCGUUACAAAUCUACACCAUCACAUAAACUUUUUGAGUUGUCAACUACUGUAGUGUUCUUACCUUUUAUUGAAAGAGUAUUGUUUAUAUUGCAUAAAGUUGGAGCUUUCCCAGUGCAAUGAUGGAUAGAAGAAUUGAAACUGCAGGAGAGGAGAUUUGUAUGGUUUGAUAUAUCUAACAUGAGCAAGAGAACAUUCUUUUUUCUUUUUUCUUUUUUAGAUUUGGAGGUUCUGUGAGUUCUAACAGUGACCUCCCAUAGCUUAGCUAAGAACAAGCUAUGUAGUCGCUUUGAGUAUUUGAAAAAAAUAAUAAUGAGAAUAAAAUCUUGUGUUUUUCUUUUACCGAGUUCUCACUCUCUUCAAAAAAAAAAAUCAUCUGCACCUCACAGGAAAAGACAGGUUUUAAAGGCUUUUUAACCAGAUUUCUUCACACGUGUUCAUUAGACGUUCUUUCUGAUCGGAGGAUCUCAAAGUUUUUGGUCACACUCCAUUUCUUAAUUUACAGCCUCUUGUGAUUUCAGAGAAGAAAUUGUAGGAUACUGUUUUUAUUUUAUUUUUUUUGUCCCCUAACAUUUAUUUAUAAUUUAAGAAUUAUAGCAACUUAGUUGAAAACAUCCCUAAAAUGUAUUCUUUCUUUCUUUUUUUUUUUUUUUUUGUAGUUAAGCAUUGUGGACUACUGCAUAUAGUUGAUUUUUUUACAGUGUACCAUACAGUACAAACUCUCACAGAAUUACAUGUGCUUUUCACUGUUUUCUUCCUGACAGAAACUGUAGAUAAUGUCGCACUUGCGAGAGAAAGAUGAUAUUCAUUGUGAAAUGCUUUUGCUCAUAAUGUAUCUUUAUUAUCUGUAAUUCCAGGAUGUAUAUUACCUUUCAAGUAAAGUUUAAGUGCUUUGCAUUAAAACCAGAGCCUUGUUUUCA